AGUCUAAAUAAUUGUCAUAAUACCGGAUGACGGCCGGUAUUCUUCCCUCGUUCCUUCGAGCAGAGGUUGUUAAAUUUGGAGUCGAGUUCAUUCGUAAAGUCGGAACCAUGGCAUUACAACAAGUGUCCUGCAACAAAAUCUUCGGCGGCUACCAGAAGGUUUUCUCGCAUCCCUCCAAGGAAUUGGCAUGUGAUAUGAAGUUCGCGAUAUAUCUUCCUCCGGAAUCGGAGACACGGAAAGUUCCAGUCUUGUACUGGCUGAGCGGACUGACAUGUACCGAGGAAAAUUUCGUCAUAAAGGCGGGGGCUCAGCGAUAUGCGGCUGAACAUAACAUUUGCAUCGUUUGUCCCGAUACAUCGCCGCGAAACGUGAAUCUGCCAGGAGAAGAUGAUUCCUACGAUUUCGGUUCCGGAGCCGGCUUCUACCUAAACGCCACACAGGAACCAUGGAAAAAGCACUACAAUAUGUACAAUUACGUGACAAAGGAACUCAUUGCUUUAAUAAGUGAGAAUUUCCCAGUGGUACCAGGAAAACAAAGUAUUUGUGGCCAUAGCAUGGGAGGGCAUGGAGCUCUAAUAUGUGCCUUGAAAAAUCCCGGACUCUACUCUUCAGUGUCUGCAUUUGCGCCGAUUUCAAAUCCUAUCAAUGCUCCGUGGGGCCAAAAAGCCUUCCAAGGAUAUCUGGGCAGUGCAGAAAGUGGCCAAUGGAAAGAGUGGGAUGCUACGGAAUUAGCAGCAGUUUAUAAUGGAGUACCAAUGGAAUUGCUAAUUGAUCAGGGAACCGAAGACAAUUUCUACAAACAAAAACAACUCUUACCGGAGAAUCUCGUAGCGGCGGCGGCGAAAAAUGAUCGUUUGAAGUGCGUUCUGCAGAUGCGCGAGGGCUACGAUCACAGCUAUUUCUAUAUUGCCAGCUUCAUUGGAGAACACAUUGGAUAUCACGCAAAGUUUUUGAAUGCAUGAAAAUAAAGAGAUUAUAUUGAGCAUUGUAAAAAA